CUACAACCAUGUAGCAUAAUGAAGCCAUCUUCAUUCUUUAGGAAAUAAGAAAAAGGAACUAAUCAUCUUCCACCUAAAACAAUGGCAGUAUUACCAAUUCUGCACCUUACCCUUUUGCCAUUAAUCAUCUAUCAAGCCACCUUCUUUGCCUCAGCUGCAGUAGUUGAUCCCACACUAGGGUUCACUCUUGUUUCGUUAGAUAACUCAAACCUUGUUAUUCAAAAGCCUUACAAUGUUCCAGUAAACCAGCGUUACAACUUCACAAAUGGUGUGCACCAAUUUUGGAUAUACCCUACAGACAAGUCUUUCAAGAUUGACAGCAAUACACAACCACGGACUGAGAUUCGUAUUAGUAAACACGAAUAUACAUCUGGUAUAUGGCAAUUUGAAGGGUAUGGUUACGUUCCAAGUGGCACAAGCGGAGUGUGUAUUAUGCAAGUGUUUGGUGGAAGUUCUUCCGCGACAACCUCACAACUUAGGGUUUACGAUGGUUCAUUAACUUAUUACAAGUCUCCUCAUGUUCUGUCUCAGAAUAUCUAUAACAGGUGGUUUAGGGUGAACGCGAUUCAUGAUGUGGAUGCUAACAAUGUUAAGAUUUAUAUUGACGGGGUUCUCAAGCGUGAUGGAGUUGGUAGUGGAGCUGGCACUCACUACUUCAAGUUUGGGGUUUAUGCACAGAAUGAUUCUUCCAACUGCAUGGAAUCUCGUUGGAAGGAUAUUAAAGUUUUUAAAAAGUAGAGUGCAUUUCUGUUUAGUUUUCGGUGUAAAACUAUUUUACACUGGCAGUGCAUCUCCAUUAAACUCUUAGUAAAGACCGUCAUGAACAUUCAUUCUUUUGAAGGUUGGAAUUUCAAAUAUUAAUGCUCAUGUAUAUCAGUUGCUUUCAACUCAAGAAAGCUUUUCAUUUAUGUUCUAUUAAAUCCUAUGUUAACAAGUUUCUGUUCUGCUAUGAUGAUUCAUGUGUAUGAGACUGUACAAUGUAACUUGAUAAUUGCAAAGGGACAAACUUAUUAAUA